AUGACCUGCAAAUGGAAUAAGAGUGCAUGGGCAGUGGUCAGAUUUCUAUACAAAACAUAUAAUGGAAUGUGUGAGGUGAUACCUCCUGAUGAAGGUGUGAUGACUGCAGUGCAGGAGGAUUCAAUGGUUGGGGUGAAGGAGUGCCCAGAUGGAGUAGGAGACUUUCGUGAAUGCACCUUGCAAGGCUUGAGCCUGUUCUCCUGUUACAAGCUAUGGCUAGUGGUGGAAGGAGGACAUGGCAAAGUGAGGUCACGUCCCAUCUUUGUUGCUCCUGUGGAUUAUGUGAGACCGUCUCCACCCUCUGACCUGGAAGGAGACACGUUUCCCAACCAAACCCUGAGUGCGAGUUGGCGGCGUCCACACUUGCCUGCAUAUGAGUUGCAAUAUGAACUGCGCUAUGUUCCUUCACGCGGAAUGGCAGAUUUGCAGUGGAAGGUUGUCGGGCCUUUAAUUGACACAUCGGUCGAAGUUCUGGUAGAGGAUCCAUGCGUUCAGUACGAGGUUCAAGUGCGCUGCAAGAGAUUGCAUGGCUCAGGCUACUGGAGUGACUGGAGCAAGCCUCAUAUGUCUACAGUUUACAGUACUGAAGCACCUGGGAGGGGGCCUGAUUUCUGGCGAGUUAUACAAGAGGACACUGAAAAGAAUCACUCUAAUGUAACUCUGCUUUUCAAGCCAAUCCCAGCAGAGGGUCCAUCCAUCUGUGUGCAGGGUCUUGUUGUUGAGCAUCAGGCCUCAGGGGGUAUCCUGUGGUCAGAUGAUAUGACUCUUGGCUCAUUUUACACAUUUCAGUGGAAAGAGGAAGUCCAUACCAUUACAGUCAUGUCUUAUAAUUCUUUGGGCUCCUCAGUCAAGAAUAGCAACAUGACUCUGGUGCGUCAGCCUAAACGACGAUGUGUGCGUUCGUUCCGUGCUGCAGCCAAUGCUACCUGUGUGUCUCUGUCCUGGACCUUACUGUCUGACCAGCCUCCACCUGCUUCUUUCGUCAUUGAGUGGCUCGAGCUGAAUGGAGACUCUGAACAAGGCACUGGGAGAGUUGAGUGGCUCAGAGUCCCAUCCACCAGUAGGGAUGUUCACAUUUGCCGUAUGUUCAUCAUAUGUCUUUGUUCUCUUCUUAUUUUAACCAUUAUUACCAGUGGUGUCCAGCUCUAG